CGUAAUCAAAAAAAAAAACAAAGGCGUUUGAUCAGUGCAGUGCGUGGUGUUUUCAGUGUAAAUAAUAAUAAAUAAAUUCCCGAAAAAUAAAAAGAGGACAUUCCCAGGAAUAGGCCUCCUUCCCCUCCCGAAAAUCACCCAUUAGGUGCCGCACACCUCUCCCCACAAAUAAAAAAAAAAAGUUAACCCGUGUGUGCGGCGGGGUUACGUAAAGCCGACGGACAAGCGCCGUUCCAAGUUCUUACAAAACAAAAAAAUACAACAAAGUACAACACAUAACACGAGAAAAGUUACGCGCACGCCCAACGCCCAGCAACAAAAGUCCAAGCGGGUCAUGAAAAUAUUAUAUUCCCGAAUUCGUUUUUUCGCACGCGUGUGGCAAUAAAUUUUUUUGGCAAACAAAAAAUAUAAAUAAAAAAUAAAAUAUACAAGAAAUCGCAAGAAGCAGAGGGAGAAGUGCUAUUGGGAGUGUGUGUGAGUGUGAUUCUCGAGCAACAGCAGAACGGCCGCCCGCCAAUCCCCACCACCCUCUGGGGCAAAACAAGGAGGCGCGGUCCACACCAGCGACAGAUGCCUCGGCGCUGCUGUUGUCAAAACUUCUUCUUCAGUUCAAAUAAAACAGCCAGAAGCAGCGCACUGCUGAUCCCCACAACCAGCAGAGAAUAAUUCAAAAAUCCCAGAAGCUGAAUGAAAAAUUAACAAAUAACCAAACUGUCAGUGGCCAAAGGCACCAAAGUGAUGUGAAGUGAAGUGUGCAACCCGAAAGAUACAAAGAUAGAAAGAUAUAAAAGAACCGCUCAGGCCCAGCCACCUAGCAGACUGUUGCAGUAAUCCACGUGCGCUGGGGCAUACGUGACUGCUGGCAGCUAAAGCCCCCAUCGAACGGAAUCGGUACAGUGAUGCCUCUGUCGCAGGGCUAUUGCGUGAAGCCCGCGCUGGGCGCCAAGAAGCGCGCCCUCAAGCUCCUGCACGACCACGACCAGGAGCAGGUGCAGCCCCAUCCCCAGCUGCUCCUCCCCGGCAACAACCCCUUGCACCUGUCCUACCUGCUGGGCGAGUCGCUCGCCGAGAGCGGGAGCCUGGCGCAGGCCUUCGACAUCUACGAGCUGAUUGCCAGUCGCCAGCUGGACGGCUAUGUGCCGCUGGACAAGCUCAGCAGGCUGGCCAGCGCCCUCACCUCCCACAUACGGCUGAUGGGCGGAGUGGCCGGCACCACGACCACGGUAAAGAGCCCCCGGAUGGCGGAGAGAAUGGACGUGAAGCCCUGGUCCAGGUACCACUACCAGGCGAAGAAGAAUCUGGGAGAUCAGACUGAAUUCCUGGCUCAGGCCGGUGACUCCCUGAGCCUGGGAGGCGGCGGGGAAGUCCCGCUGGACCUACACUCCCCCACGCGAGAACUAAGAGUUCCCAGUCCCUCGGUGGAGGACUACGACCCGCUCCUGUGUCCCCUGUGCGGCGACAUCCUGCGCUGUCCCGUCACCACCAACUGCGGCCACACCUUCUGCCGGCAGUGCUGCGAAACGAUCACCCAGUGCAACAUCUGCCAGGUGCGGUUUCCCCGGCUGCAGGACUCCUCGUCGCCGCCAGGAGCCCUGACGCCGCCCUGCGCCCUGACCACCACCACGGCCAGUGGCGCGGGCUCCAGCUUUUUCGCCGCGCCCACGAACCACAACGCGAACCUCAGCCUCAUCAGCUUCCCGGUGGCCUACGGCGUCCACCUGGCGUCCAGUGUCCAGCGCCUGGCCGCCCCACCCAUGACAGUGACCACCACCACGGUGGCCUCCACGACGGCCACAGCCACCACCACCAUGGCGUCCACCUCGGCGGCUGCUUCGCUGGGUCUGGCCGGCUAUCCGUCCGGAAACGGAGGUGCCGCCGCCAUGAAGUUCAUGCCGGAUGUGCUGGUGCGCCGCCUGGUGGAGAAGUGGUGGGGUCCGGACCUGCAGGCCAAGAAGAUCUGCGAGAAGGCCAGCAGCUGCAUGCACCUCAACCUGCUGGACGACGCCCUAAAGUUCUGCAACGCCAGCUUGGAGAAAGCACCCACCAACUUCAAGAGUCUCUGCCUGCGUGCCGAAGUCCUCCUUAAGCUGAGCCACUACCAAAGUUCUCUGGCGGACAUAGAGAAUGCUUUGAGGACACGCUGCACUUCCCCCAAGGCCCACUAUCUGAGAGCCUUGGCUUUGAGCGGCCUGGGUCGGCUGGAGGAGGCUCUGUACAAUGGCUUCUUGGCCAUUUGCCUCGACAAGAAUACAAAUCUCAGUAAUUCGGAAAUAUUUCAACAUGAUCUCGCCAAGAUUCUUCAGCGUCUCCUGGCCCAAAUGCCCAAAAACCGAUCCCUGGUUGCCGCUGCAGCGCCACCUAUGGUCCAGCAGCAGCAUCGCAGCUACGCCACCUCUCGGCCCUCGUACCCCCUUCUCUGGGAGCAGAUGACGCGCCGCAGGAAACAGCCGCACCACCACCACCAUCAUCACCACCACCACCACCAUGUCCACCUGGACGACGUGGAGGACGAGUUCGGGCACUACGACAAGUACAUAAUGGCCGACGACGAGCUGGAGGAGGAGGUGGAGGUGGAUGGCGGGGAGCCGGGAUCCCUUCACCUGGACGGAGACUUCUUGUUUCCCAGUGCCCUGGACUUCAUGGACCACCACCGGCACCAGCGGCACGUCUUCGAGCAGAAGCAGUUUGACCUGCAGCCGCGACGCCAUCAGAACCGCAAGCACUGCAAGCGGAAAUGGUCGGAUAGGCUGGAACCCCUGCGUGGGAAGCUGGUGGACGAGGAGGAGGAUGUGGAGGACCUGGACAGGGCGGAGUCAGGUGUGGAGAUCCAGCGAUGCAGUCGCCUCUUUGCCGGCGUCCUGGAGCGAACACAGCAGGAGCUGCAGCGACUGAAGAAACUGGAUGAAUCGGGGCAAGGACUGGCGGUGAGCGCUGUCUCUGGGCAGCUGAUCGAUGCCAGUGACUUUGACUGCGUCCUGUGCUGCAGGACAUUGUGGAAGCCAGUGGUCACACCCUGCGGACACACGUACUGCCUGGUAUGCUUGGAUCGUUGCAUGGAUUACAACUCCUCGUGUCCAUUGUGCAUGUCACCACUUGUGGAAUUCAAUGUCAAUGCCAGUGCCAGUCAGAAUCAAACUCAGAAUCAGAAUCAGAUCCACCUGCAUCCGGGCUCAUCCUCGCCAGUUCCUUUCGCGCUGGCCAAGCGGCCAGUGACGAAGUUCCUAGAAGCCGCAAUGAAACGAUUCAUUCCAGACCACUACGAGGCCCGAUUCCGACAGGAGAUCGACCAGGAGCCCUCCGUUCCGGUGUUCAUCUGCACGGCCGCCUUUCCGGCGGUGCCAUGUCCCCUGUUCGUCUGCGAGCCCCGCUACCGCUUGAUGGUGCGGAGGGCAGUGGAGUCCGGUGACAAGACCUUUGGCAUUGUGCAGCCGCACAGCGGCAAGUCGCGCUACUACGACGUGGGCACCAUCCUGGACAUCCGGGACUGCGUCCAGUUGGGCGACGGCUGCUCCAUCCUGAGCACUAUAGGCUGCAAGCGCUUCAAGAUCCUGGCGCGCAACGAAAAGGACGGCUACGAAACGGCCAAGGUGGAGUACAUCUGCGACGAGCCCAUUGCCGAGGAGCAGGUCAAGGUCCUGGCCGCGAUGCAGGACGUGGUCCUGGCCAAGGCCAUCGGCUGGUACGAGAGCCUCAGCACGGAGCAGAAGCACGAGAUCCUGCAGAGCUACGGCCAGAUGCCGCCGGUGGAGCCCGACUGGGCGCUGAUCAGUGACGGCCCGGCCUGGGCCUGGUGGAUCAUCGCCCUGCUGCCCUUGUCCCAACAGCUAAAGGUGGACAUUCUGGCCACAACCUCGCUGGAGAAACGGCUGCGGGCCAUCGACAAGACCCUGGACUGGCUGCACGAGCUGAGCCACCCGCAGCAGCCCACGCACCACCCGCUGGCGCACCACCCCCAGGCGCCACAGUCGCCCCAGCAGGCGCAUCUCGAUCUCGACUGCGAGGAGCAGGAGGCGGCCGCGUCCGGAGCCGACGAGUGCUGCCUCUUUGCGGACAGUGCGGCCGAGCCGCACACGGACGAGGAGCUGCUCCUCUAGAAAGCAAAUCAUAACUAUACCUUAGCUAGCAUACAUACGUCUGUAAAUUUGUGUCUAAGCCAUUUCGUCUGUAAUCGAACAUAAACACGUUAAUCCUAGGGGCCAAAACCGAAAGCGAGAAACUUUAGCAGAACCAAAAUUAUCACUAGAUCCGCAGAACAUAAUCUUUAGCUCUUAAAACCGAAACCGUUGUGUGUGUGUGCGUUCUGUAUUUUAGAUGUGUGUGUGUGUGUGUCGGAGAAAUAGCUAAGAAUUAGAACCAAAAAAAAAAAAGAAAGUAGAGAGCCACACCGAGAAACCCCAGUGAAACAAUCAAAAGUUUGCUUUUGGCUCAGGCCCGCACCAGAACCCCGGAUUAAAGAAGGGUUGACAUACUGUCUCUAUCACAUUCCAAACCUUGAAAAUAAGCAGCAGAAGCGAGAAAUAAACUUUAACAAACAGAACUCAUGGUUUCUACAAACAGAGAAUACACAAAUUUUUAAAAUUACGAUUUAAUGAUCAAGAAUACAAAGUCAAAGGCCAACAAACAUACACUUAGUGAAACCGAUCGGACAGCAAAGAGCCAGGAAACAAAGUUCUUUUCAUUUUUACUUUAAAUAAGGCGGCUGGAACUCUAAGACAAUCUGCAAUAUUUUUUUUAAAUAUACCUAACGAAACUAAAACUAUAUAUACAAGUGAAUAAUGAAACUGAACUAGCGACUAGUUACGAACGACGAUUGAGAGAAAAAAAGUGUAAAGAAAUUUCAAUUUUUUAAAUACUUUUCGUUGAUUAUUAACUUUUCCCACUCCUCUCUAAGGCACCCCUCUCUCUUGAUUAUGCUUAGACUAACUAAAUAAUAUGCUCACCUAUAUAUACUAUAUAUGCGACUCUAUACGCCACAUGCUUAUUUCUGUAUUCGUAUCUGUAUCUACGGCCCGCAUUCCUAACGAAGAGAUAGCUCUAUAAUAUAGCUUUGCAACUAUUAGCUAGACUUCUUUGUCUCUUGUCUGUUUUUUGUAUAAACUUAAGCCCCAACUCAAGCCCUUUUGUUUCACGCUCUCCCCCCCAUAAAGCAAAUCAAUUUUAAAAACCAAAAUUUGCUUUAUCCCACUGAUCCUUGUAAAUAUUUUUAUCGGAUAACCCCCUAAAUUAUAUGUAUGUAUUUCUGCUACGUUAGUUUUAGAACACGAAUUUACUUUUCAGCUCAACACAAAAACAAACAAGAAUUCAAAUCAAACAAAACAAUUUUUGUCAACUAAAUAUUUAUGUAAUUUUAUACAAAGUAUACACAUACGUCUAAAUUAAAUCAUUUUGUAUUUAAGUUUAGCAACUAAACGAAACGGAAAACAAAACAAAACAAAAAACACAAAUAUGAAAUCAUUUUUUUGUGUCUACCUUAUAUGGAGAAAUUAUUAUGUGAAUCAAUAAUAAAAGAUAUAUAUUUCAAAUUUCUAAAAUGCUUCAAUAAAAUCACCAACAUUUUUCUUUCUGUUUUUUGUGCUAAAAAAGAAGAUUUUUUACUGGUACUUUUUUAAUUUAUUAAUAAUGAUGUAAAAUAAAGAGGAACUCAAUUGAAAUAUAACAUUUGAAACG